CAGAAGUCCAAAGACGAAAGGCAGUAGUUGCGUGUUGCCUGUGGCAUCUCCCGGCUCAGCGUUGAUCCGGGUGGCCAGUUCCGGCGUUCUUGGAUAUAUGUGAUGAAUUUGAAAUUUGUGGAAACACGCCUGCACAGGAACACGAACUGUUUUGGUCUAAACGACUUCCGUGAUCUUGGAAAGCAAAUGCCUCCUUGCACCCAAGCGACAGAAAAAAGCUUUCACUUGCUCCACGUAUAAUGUCCCUGCAUCGGUUGUCCUGGUAACAUCCUGUGUAUUUCUAAAGUUGCGCAUACGGUCCGCACGCAAAUACCGCCCCCAGAAAUAUCCUGUACACAAAGGGGCUUCAAACAAUUGUGAAACUGCUGAAUUGUUGCGCCAGAACACUAGCCUUCAAAAGUAAAAAGUAGACAUAGGUGCUGCUUCAGGCCGUUCCUCAGCGGGUGAACGCUGUGUAAAAAAAACUCGACGAAACGGCUUCGGCAACAUUUCGACACUUGAGCCCCGUUCCCGCACCCAAACUCAAAUAAAAAACAUUCUUUGUCGCGUUUCUAUCCGUGAAAAGCUGUCGAUGCUUCAUGUCGUCAGCUUGGAGUAGGGUUUCCUCUAGCUGCCUUUACGGGGGCUUUUCGCCGAGCCAAAACACGACAGCAGGUUCCAACAGGGGGCAUAUUUUCCUACCCCGUUUUGCACGAUCUCUCCGUAUCUUUUCGCCGUCACCGCGGAGUAUCUUCUGCAAAAGACGGGAACUGGGCUGAGAGGGCAUCUUCUUCGAUUUCUUCUGCCGUUCGCUUCUCGAAACCCGUGCCUCCAGCUUGCAGAACCCGGUAGAAACUCCAGAGCAUACUCAAGACGAAGUGGGCAAGAAGCAACUGCACUGCGUAGAAUGCACAUAACGUUGCCUCGUACAAAGCAAACGAAACUUCCACUUGCCGAUAAACCUGUACGGGUCUGGUUCCACUUUGGUCAGAUACCGUAUCCGUCAUGACCGCGUACUGACUCAGCGUUACACGAGGGAAGUCUUCUCUCCCCGCUACAGAGGCAGAACUGUGCGUGACCUUCCAUAGAGAAACCGCCGCAAGAGCCAUCUGAAGUGCCCACAGAAGGUAGACCAUAAUCUGAAGGUAGAAAGAAACGAACGCGAUAAAUGCGUUUUGUUGUCCCGCUGCACAGAGCAGCAGCGUCGCUGUGACUAGCCCCAGGACAGCUCCUGAGGUGAAGGCCGCUCCCCGGAUGUUGAAAUCCAGCACGAGAAACACAGAAAAAGCAAUCAAAAACACUGCCCAGAGAGUCACAGCUGUGCCAAGAGCACAGCAACAACACUGACGAUACGUGGAAGGCUUUUUCAGAGAACCUCCGAGCAGCGGCUGAUCCUCAGCCGGAGCCUCCGGGUCGUCCACCGCCGUUUGCACCGCCAUGACCAGAAAAAAGACAAGAAAAGGAGAAGCUGGUAGGAAAGAGGGUAAAGAAACGAUCCUUUCCUACGCCGACGUGGGACUACGAAACCUCGGGAUGCGCUCUAUGACAUCGUUAGAGCUCUGCGGAGACGUCGACACCCGUUGUCGGUUACGAUACAGAACAAAGAACACACGAGAGAAAAAACAGAGGCAGAAAAAGCAGUGGGAAGAACAUGUAUCGACGAAGACCAACAGCGGUUUCUACGGAGAGUGCAGUUGACGAGGAAAUGCGUGCUUCACGUGUCACCAAAAGUAGACGAAUUCUGAACCUGUGUGCAUAGGACAAAUACUCGGAAGAACGACGGAGAAGGAAACUGGAGGAAACUACAGACGCCUGGCAGCAUUUAAAAGCCUUCCUUUCGAGGUACGAGUGGUAGCCACGAACAGUAGUUGGAAAGACAUUCCCACAAGACAGAACUGACUGACGGCUGUCAACGCAGCGAGGUAGCUAUUAUGAGGAGGACAGAGUGUUUGCAGGCACAGAAAACCGCUCUCUAGUAAAUGCUACAUGCCUGAGAGCACGCGGCCACACUCGCGUGGGGCAUGACAACCUCAGACCUGGAGAAAUUCCGUGGUAAGCGGCCCUCCGAAGCCAGCCAUGUUUCUUUCUUCCGUCGCAGAGUGCCGAGUCUUAGCCGCGUUCAAGAUGUGGCCGAAACAAUGCACAGCUCCAAAACACAACAAACCGGACAAAGAACGUGCAACUUUCGAGGACUUACGUUCCCGCGACAAGACAUGCCACAGAAAGCCACGAAAGAGGCCUAGCCCAACAAAGGAAGCGACGGAGCUAGCUGACCCCCGAUCGUAAGGCGGCUCUUGGAGUGCAAUGUUUUGAGUCGAUAUAGCGACGGCAACCGUGGCACGAGCUUCUUCCAGUCUCUCUGUAUCAGGAAGUGCUGAGGAUUGACUAAAAACGGCCAGGUCUUUGUCUCGUGUUUCUGGUUCAUCUGGUGUCUAAAGUGUAGCGCGCGAAUACAACAGCGAGGGCGUUUCCGCAAAGUCGUCGGAUGUGUCUGCGUAGCCUUGCGGAGCGAGCCUCGCGAAAACCGAGGAAAGCGCCGCAUGGUGCGUUGUUACGACGAACCCAAAUACUUCAGGGGAGACAUCGUCCGCCAAACGUACGGAGUGUCAUGUCUGCUUCUAGGAAACAACCAUAGAAAAUGCACUUUUCCCCACGUCUCUCUUAUCUGAUAAAGGAAAUGGAUUUUCCCACAAAGGAGCCGCCUGGUCGCAGAUCCCUCGAAGUAAACGAUGACGCUCCUUCCCUGCGCUUCACUUUUGUGCUCAGUGUGCACUGAAUCUAGGGGAUUGCAGUUUUCAGGAGACAAGAUUUUCACUCAAGGUGUCAAUUGUGGCGCAUGUAGCGCGACUCAAUCUUGUCUUCCAUAGUCUUUGGUUGCCGGACGGCGUCGGAGUGGUGCGUAUCCAGCCAUUUGGCACUAGUGCUCAGUGUCAGUGCGAGGUGGGUGACACUUUGACUCGGUGAGACCGGACUGCGAGAGCCCGUUGAUCGUUUGAGAAAAGGCGCAGUGCAUUUUUCUGGCUGCUUGCACUUUUUUGCCUUUCUUACGACUAGGCUGUUUCCCUUCUUUUCGAUAUUUUUCCGAGGCAUUGCUUUCCACUUUUUCCGGCCGUAUCCCGCGAGUGCUGCGGCGACUUGCGGGUCCCAGACUCCUCCACAAUCCUCCAGUUGUCGGCCUGCUUCCGCUUCCCGUUCAUUGAAAUGGACUGAAGCAGAUGCGCCACCUGUUUGCGUGGGUCUUGAACCAGCAAACACCACUGAGUGGCGGCUGAGAGACACUGCCGUUCCUCUGCCAGCAGUCGCAGCUCUGUACAUCCCAUGGACCACUACACCACCGGUGAAACUCAAUUGGUUUGCACACUUUCUCGCGGCGACAGCUUAAACGAUACAGUUUUCCGGAGUUGUUGGAGCGUCAGAAGUCCCACUCUACCGAAAGAGAUGAACAAAUGGCUGCUGGGAAAAACAGUGUCAUCAAAGCAAGCUUCAGCGAGUGUUCUUGAUUUGUGCGGUCUCAGGGAAAUCGGUCGUCAGUGCACCUCAGAUGCUGGAGUGUAUGUACAGGCGAACUCAGUUAGCCAAAUCUUCAUAGAAAAGAUAAAUGCGUGUCCCGUGUACAGUUUUGAGCCGCCGUCGCAAUGAGAGUUUUCGUCGUGUUUUGGUGAGUCCCUGUGUCUGUUGACUGUGAAAACCUCCGCCACCCAGUCAGUGCCUCGUCUGUACCAUCCUGAGGUACCGUUUCCUAGUUCAGGCGCAUCAGCCACGGAAAACGCGUGCGCCUCUCGGAUGCAAAAACAGAUAUUUCUCCCGGUUUUCCCCCUCGGCAGAAACUUUCCGUCUUCCGAGUCCCUCUUCUGUUUUUUCCGUUCUGUUUCUCGGUUCAGAAACGUUUCUUCACCUCGUUUUCCCCGAUUUUCGGCACUCGCUUGAGAACGUCGAGGAUUCGUCCCCCAAAGCGGUCCUCAGUGCCCACGGAAACGCAUGACCGAUGGUGAAAGCGUGCGUUAUCCCUUCAGCGUCGUCUCCCGCUUCCCUUCUCUUGUUGCGUUCUUCACCAAUGUUGUGUGCCUCUUCGCUCGAUCCACCCACUGACCCACGAUCCCCUCAAGGGUCUCUACCGCGGAUUGGCGCGCAGUCUGCGACAGGCGCGUCACGAGGUCAGUCGGCCGACCGGGUCGUAUUAAAUGUGGGAGGAAAGAUCCACGAAACGACAGCUGAAACUUUGUUGAGUGUUCCAGACAGCUACUUCACAGCGCUGUUGUCCUCUGGGUGGCGGGACUCGAGUCCAGGGUCUCGUGACCACGGCACAGAGGACAAACCCAUAUUUGUUGACAGAAAUGGAGAACGCUUCACUUAUGUCUUGGAUUUCCUCCGGGAUGGGGUUCUGCUGUGCCCAAGGGAGAAAAUUCUUCUUCAAUGCCUUCGGCUGGAAGCGAAGUUCUUCGCUCUAGAGCCCCUCCUCGUCGAGGUAGAACGAGAGCUGGAACAGAUUGAACUGGAGAAUGCUGCUCGGGCGCUUCGCAUCGUCGCCGCACGAGACAAAUCCCUCGGGGGCGCUGCCCAGAGUUCAAGCGGAGCGGAGAGCUCGCCGUCGUCUGGCUUUUCGCCUGUCUAUUCACCGCUUAGGUCCCGACGCAUUCCUGGAGACGGAGUUAGCGAACCGAGUUCGCCGUCCGGCCGCCCUGCGUUCGUUCCAUGUAGUCCUGGAAUGGCUGGUUCCCCUCCGACAAGUCCUCUCAUACGGCCGCCAAACGACUUUAUGCCGCUCGAUAGCUCGUUGAGAAGUCCAGCCUGCAGCCGAGUUAGCAGCCCUACCGCCAAACGCAGCUUUCGCAGUUACUCUCCGAGUGAGAAUCCGGAUCGAAGUGAGGAGGCGCAGCGUCGAGCUCUCAUUAAUGACGAUCCAGAGCCUCCGCCAAUCUUAGGGUUGGCUGACAUCAGUGGCGAUGCCCGCCUCUGUCUCGGAGACAAGAUCUUCAGGACGGAUGCGGAUUUCUAACUGGAGAUCAGAAAUGUACAGGUGGACAGUGAGGAGAUAUCCGUCUGAUGUCAAACACGAAGGCGGGAAUGCGAGUUGGGUGGUGGGUUGGAGUUUGCUAGGGCGUGUGUCAUUAUAAGGAGAAAACCUUUUUUGCGAGGCGGAUGAGCAGAUGUCAUUUUGACCGAUUUUUGUGUUACUCGGAGUCAAAGGGCAGACAUUUUCCGGUUUAAUUCUUUUUUUUCCGAGACAUAAAGGAAACUGAAUGGCAGGAGGGUCUCUUCAGAAUGUGUCCACCCACAGUGCCACAGCUGCUGUGGCCAGUUGUCGUACAGAUAGAGCCUCUUGUUAGAAGCAGCAGAUCUCAUCAACAUCUUGAAGAGACCUGGAAGCCCAGUAAACCUCUCAACGCCGGCAUAGCUCGUAU